AUGCUAAAGGAACUGGACAAUGUCACUGUGACGCCACUCUCCAUAACAUAUGAGGAAUCGUGGAGGUUGAGAGAUAUACCUGAAGACUGGGAGAAGGCUAAUGUCACCCCUAAUUACAAAAUAGGUUCCAAGGAGGAACUAGGUAAUUAUAGACCCAUUAGCCAAAUGUCAAUCCCUGGGAAAGUUAAGGAGCAAAUCUUCCUGGCAACUAUCACAAGUAAACUCAGGAAGCUCAUAGAUGAGGGGCAAGCAACUGAUGUCAGGUACCCGGACCUGAACAAGGCCUCUGACACUGUCCCACAGCAUAUCCUAGUCUCCAAGCUGGUGACACACAGGUUUGAUGGGUGGACUACUAGAUGCAUAAAGAACUGGUUUGAUGGCCACACCCAAAGAGUGGUUGUCAACGGGUCCAUGUCCAAGUGGAUGUCAGCGACAAGUGGAGUCCCUCAGAGAUCAGUCCUGGGACCAGUCUUGUUCAACACCUUUAUCGGUGAUAUGGAGAGUAGCAUUGGGAGAGUGCUGCCACAGAUCUUCAGCAGUGUGAAAGUUCUAGGAGCUGCACGUGACAAAAAAAGAAAAUGUAAUUACAAUUCACAUGAGACUAUCGAGUGCUGGUAUGAAAGGUCACAGCACAUUGUCAUUUAUUCCUCAGAACUUAAGUCUGGAAGAGAUGUUAACAAGAGUUACAAGAAGGAGACAAUCCAAGCUCUUACCUUAAAGGCCAUGGCCACGGUGGAGAGGCUUUUCUGUUUGUUGGAAGCUCACGGAGCUCGCCCGUCCGUGGAAGGGCUGGGCUGGGCCCGUGAGAACUGGAGUAACUGCCAGAGUGUGGCGGAUCGGAUUGUGGCCCUGCAGAAAGAGGCACGGGCCAAGUCGGGAAAGGGCAAAGCCUUCAUCUGUGCAGUUUUGGGUGCGUGUUUGGCUGCUUCAAUAGAUGAAAAGCAAAGCCAAAACGGACGAGAGAAUAAAAUCAUUUCCUCCUUGCAGGAGCUGGUAGAUUCCCUGCAAGGGCAUAUUGUAACUUUAAAGGACGAAGUGGCAGAUCUUAAGGAUAGAUUAAAAACAGAACAGAAGUGGCAAAAGUGGUUUUUGAAGGAGGAAGAGUUAAAGCAGACAGAGCCUGCCUCCAUAUACCCCCAGGCAGAACUGGCAGCAGCAGAGGAAGCUGCUGCUCACAUGCGUCCUCUCAUUAAAACUGAGAUGCUGUACGAGGAUGAGGAUGGCACCCCUGCCAUCACAACCAAAGAGAUACCCUUUUCUUCCACUGAGCUGGCCAAACUGCGUAAAGAGUUUGCACGUUCGGCUGGAGAGUCUGAGGUGGAAUAUGUAUGGCGUGUCUCUAGAACUGGAGGUGAUCAAAUUAGGUUGACAGAGGCUGAAGCUACAGGCUAUUGGGGUGCUAAUGUGUUCCUAACUACGGGCAAUAGGAGUGGUCCCUGGAGCCUUACUCAGCGAGCAGCUUUCUGGGCUGGGGGUUUUGAUUCAAAGGAGAGAGGAGAGCCUCUAGUUCUGAGGGGAGGCAUGAAUCAGAUGAUGGAAAAUGUGCAGAAGGCAGCUUGUUUGCAAAUGGUCUAUGAUCGAGAACUGAAACAUCAUUUUGAAUCGCCCCUUUCUCUCUUGGUGGACCCGAAGCGAAUGACCCCCCUGGUGAGGGGACUUCCUGACUCCCUUAAGAUGAAAGGCAUUCAGCUCCAAAAGGAGAUAGCUGACACCCCACUUACCUCCCGAAUACAAGCUACUCUGAGGGAGAACUUAACACCCGGGAGGAACCAGCCCGAUGGCAGACAAUGGACGUGGGAGGAGGUGGCUAGAGAGCUAUUAGAUUAUGCCAGGCAGUAUGGGGUGCCUGAGGAAGUUCAUAAGCCUGAGACUAGAGGCUUGAGGCAUGUGGAAAUUAAUCACCCACUGCCAAGUGCAGAUCCCCGGAGCCAGAUGCUUCGAAUCCCCAAACGACACUCGACUGGGGGGAGGGAGCACCUGAACACUAGACACUAUUGGUGGGGGCUAGGCCGGAAGAAAGGUAUCCCAAAAGAAGUGAUUGAUGGGUUAUCUUCAGUGCAGUUGGAAAUCGUUGUAAAAAACUGGCCAGAGUCUAGCCAGAAACCCGAGCCCACUGCACCCCCCUUGAUAGACUUAUCUGAUGUGGGGAAAGGCGUGCCCCCUUCUCAGCCUCAGAGGAGCUGA